AUGGGCGAUGUAUCUUUAAGUUUAAGAUCAUGGAACAAGAGCAGUGAUUACUGUUCUUGGAUUGGUGUUAAGUGUGAUGCUAAAUCUGGCAAGGUGGUUUCACUUUCCUUUAUUUUCAUUCAUCUCAACAACUCUUUCAAACCAAAUAGUGGUCUUUUCAAACUCCAAUAUCUUCAAAACCUAACCUUUUACAACUGUUAUCUCUAUGGGGAGAUUCCUUCUUCAUUAGGAAACUUUUCUCAUCUCACACUUCUUGAGCUUACCCAAAAUAAUUUUGUCGGUCCACUUCCAGCUUCUAUUGGAAACCUAACCCAACUAAGAUACCUGAGACUUAGCCAAAACAGUUUCAGUGGCAAAAUUCCGAAUUCAUUUGCCAAUUUAACGAAACUGUCUGAAGUCAACCUCGAUAACAAUUACUUCGAAUCCACGCUUCCACCUGACAUGAGUAGAUUCCACAGCUUGGAGUAUUUUAGUGCGAGUGCAAACUCCUUUCUCGGGUCUUUCCCUAGGUCUUUUGUUCACGAAUCCUUCGUUGAGAUACGUUAA